AUGACCAUUCAACCACUUAGCCCGGCAGCCGCUGGAUCUCUACCAAUAGGACCAGCUUCGUCGAGGCGCUCUGCAUCGCCAUCCAAGCUAGCAACUCGAGUCAAGCAGCAACAGGUGGUAGAUGCAUCUGCUGCCAAUCCUGCAAAGAAGCGAAAGCUCGAGCCUGCAUCUGCUGUCAGCAAACGAACACCAUCCGGAUCGGCGCCAACUACAGCACGCUCAAAGCAACGCGCGGCACCACACGACGUCUGUGCUUUCUGUUUGCGAACCGCUGAACAUCCGAAAGGAGACACACCCAAGCUGCUCGUCUCAUGUCACGAGUGUGGGAGCAGCGGGCACCCUUCCUGCCUGAAGUGGGGUCGCAACCCAACCAAAGUCCGUCAAGCAUUGUCCUACGACUGGAGAUGCAUCGAAUGCAAAAAGUGCGAGGUCUGCCGCGACAAAGGUGACGACGCUCAACUCAUGUUUUGUGACAAGUGCGAUCGAGGCUGGCAUCUGUAUUGCUUGUCGCCUCCACUCUCGAAGCCUCCAAAAGGACAAUGGCAUUGUCCGACGUGCGAAUCCGACGACCAGACUCAGAAGGGGUCGCCAGCAGCAUCACCUUCAUCACAGCCUCUGGCACCACCAAUAGCCUCGAGCUCCGCACGGCAAUCUACACCACUCAGGAACGGAGAGAGCAGCAGCAGCAUGCGCGCCUCGAGCUCUGGUAGACUGAAGAAGCCGUCAAAUCCAGAUAGGAGUAUCGACUCACUUCUCACGGCACCGACCUCGAUGCACAAAGGCAAAGAAGCUCAAAACAAUGCCAAUCACAACUUUACUGCCUUCAGUACGCUCAAAAACGGCCUCCUCGACGCUGCCGGUUCACUGUUCAGCUUGAGCCCUGGAUCACCCUGGUCUUCGAAAGUUAACUCGACAAUGCAGAACGGCGCGCUGUCAAUGUCAAUGACUGGGUCGUCUAGAAAGUCAGCUGCUACAGGAGGUGGCGGCGCAAGAGGCAGCAACAAGCGAGGUCAACCGCGAAAGUCGGCAGGCUUGCCACGGUCGAACAAGAAGUCGAACGCCAACACGAAUGGUGCCGAAGGGCAUGCCAGCGGCAGCAGGAACGCAAUCGAGGGGGAUCGAGAUGGAUCCGGUUCAUCUGACGGGGAACAUCCGUCGGAGCGUGCCGUGCACGAUGAGGAGUUGAUACAAGGGGCGGGAGAGGAGGAAGACGAAGAUGUAGAAGGUCGUAGUGAUGCAGCAGCGAAGAGCUCAGAAGAAGAGGAUCCUUUUGGCGGGGUAUUGGAGGGCACGGAUGCCAUCACACUGCCCUACAAGCCCACACCACAGGACACGGAGCGUUUCCAACGAGCACAACGAGCCGCUGAAGAGAAGUUGGGAGGAACACUGGCUAGUCUGCCGAGCAUGUCGGGCAGUCGUGUCAUCAGACGACCAGGUUUACCAAGUGCUGGAAGUGGCAGCUCGUUGGCAGCAUCACCGCGGCAUCCGAGUUCGGCCGCGCUGGUCGACACACCCGUCAGUGUAUCUCGCAUCUCGCGCGCACAGUUUGUACCACGUCACUCACCAUCGGGCACACCAGGGCCUUCCCCGCUUGCAGCCUCGCAAGUUGAGAUCACCACAUCCGCUUCCAGUGCUGAGACCGGCACCGCCUCUCCGAUCAAGUGCAUCCGCUUUGGCGAGUUCGAUAUCGACACCUGGUAUCAGGCUCCGUAUCCUGAAGAGUACAGCAUGGUCCCAGAUGGACGCCUUUGGAUCUGCGAGUACUGUCUCAAGUACAUGAAGAGUCGAUUCAUGGCGCAGCGUCAUCGGCUCAAGUGCAAGAUGCGACACCCUCCAGGCGACGAGAUUUACAGGGACGGCAACAUCUGCGUCUAUGAGGUGGACGGCCGUAAGAACAAGAUCUACUGCCAGAACCUCUGUUUGCUCGCCAAGAUGUUCCUCGACCACAAGACGCUUUACUACGAUGUCGAGCCCUUCCUCUUUUACAUCGUCACGGAGGGCGAUAGCAGCGGGGACCAUUUUGUGGGCUACUUCAGCAAAGAGAAACGCAGUCCGAUGAACUACAACGUGUCGUGUAUCAUGACGUUGCCGGUCCGUCAAAGACGAGGAUGGGGCAACUUUCUGAUUGAUAUCAGCUUCCUGCUGUCGAAGAAGGAGGGACGGACGGGAUCCCCGGAGAAGCCACUCAGCGAUUUAGGCUUGCUUAGCUACCGCAACUACUGGACGUUGGCUGUUUUCUACUACUUGAGCAUUGCACCCGACGGGGUGACGAUGGAGGACAUCAGCCGUGGGACGGCGAUGCAGUUGGAAGACAUCUUCUACGUGCUUCGAGAGCAGGACAUGAUCAUCGUCUAUGACGGCAACAACGCAAACAGCAGAACGCCUGCUACGAGCAAGUAUCGGGCUCGAGAUGGCAACCCUUCUGCUGGCGCCAAUGCUGCAUUGCCAACCAAGGCGCCUGGUGCUAUUGAGCAGUCGUCUCGAAAACGUGGUCGACCUCCUCUGCAUCCCAGAGGCGCUCCAGCAGCAGAUCUGCCUUCUUACAAGGACCGAGACAAGAACGCGGCCGACUACCUGCCUCGAAAGUACAGCAUUCACGUUGACCGCGACUACAUUAUUGCUCACCUUAAAAAGUACGAAGCGAAAGGAUAUCUCAAGGUCAGAGCUGACAAACUCAAGUGGACGCCCUUCCUUGUUUCGCGAUCGUUCCCGCAGCCGAUUGCGACGCUGACGAAUGGCCAAGGUAGUAGUAGUGGCGCUCAUGUUGGAUCGACGAAUGGUACUCCUGUUCCAUCGGGUUCGGGUACGUUUACGCCGGCAGAGAUGAUGGCGAAUCUGGGUUACUUUGUGCUGAGUCAGGUGCAGAAAACGCCGGGCCGCAGUGACGGGGCUAGUGCACGGGCAAGUCCAGCUGCUGCGGCUGGGAAACGCACUCUGUCGCGAACGAGCUCGAUUCCUACGGGUGCACCGGCAUCGAGUGCGGUUGGAAGCUCGAACGCAGCUGAGGUGAGCAGUCCGGGACGCUCUUAUGUUGCAACACCCACACCUUCGCCGCAGAAGAAGCGAUACCGGCCUGCUCCGCAAGCUGGAAGCGCUCCGUAUGCGCCAGACUUUGGAGCUGUCAAGAACGAAUCAGGGACUUCGGCUUCGGAGAUUGGCAGGGUCGGUGGGUCUGGCUCAGCAGAGACAGCUUCAGUUCUUGUAGCUUCGAAGGCAACUCACUCAAGCCAGGAGGACGCCAUUGCAGCCGCUGGAGUGCUAUGGGAUGUCGACAGAGACGCAGAUGCCGAAGCCGAUGCAGACGCAGAUGCAGAUGGUGACUACGAAGCUGAUGAGUAUGCCGCCGAAGCUGCAGCCACCGCCUCUGUCUCAGCGCAGACAUCUGCAACGAAGCAAGAGUUCGGACGGCUCCCUAUCGACCACAAGUUACUUCAGCGUGCGCUUGCAGCAAGCUCUAGCGGCUCCUCCAAUUCGUCGACACCAGCACAAUUGGAAACGAGCACGUCCACGUCCAGGACAUGCGCAGCACAGGAUGAGGCGAGGGCUACACCUGGUUCAUGUGAUCCCAAUGAUCUCGGAGACGAAGAUGCGGAUGGGAGCGAUGAGGAUGCUCCUGGCAGUGAUGAUCCUGAGCUGGAGAACCUCUGA